GUUAUCAGCCAAUAGAAAUUGCUCUAAGGGAAGAAAAAGAAUAACGGUCGCCAUGAUUGGUUGAAGUGAGCCCAAUCAUACACGUGAGUAUCAAUUUCGAAGUCAAAAUGGAGAGGGGUGUUAGUGUUCUUAGCACUAGAAAUGCCGAUCUACCACGAAAAACACAGGUUGGAAGCAUAACCAAGAGUAGUUAUAAUGGAAAUGGAAAAGAUGACCAGUCUGUAUUUAAGCAGGGAAUGCUGGUGUUUGUCCACCAUGAUGUAGAUAUCUGGACAGAGGGCACUGUCUCUGGGAUUGAUGAAGAAAACAUCCUUGUAACUCUUCCUUCAGGAAAGGAACAGUGGGUAAAACAUAAGGAUAUUGCAUUGAGAAAUGAAUGUGAUUAUGCUUCCACAGAGGAUCUCACUCUGUUAACUCCACUUACCUGUGCCUCAGUGUUCCAGUGUUUGAAGAAAAGAUACCAACAAGAUGUGUUUUACACAAGGGCAGGGGUCACCUUGGUGGCCAUUAAUCCUUUCAAGGAGGUCCCUUCAUUAUAUAAAAAAAAAGUCAUUGACCGCUACCACCAGUUACAUGGCCAGAGGAAGGUGUUAUCCCCCCAUGUGUUUGCCAUAGCCCAGGAAGCCUACAGUCACAUGAGGCAACAAGUGGGGAGAAUGAACCAGAGUGUUAUAGUCAGCGGAGAGAGUGGCUCUGGAAAGACUGUCACUGCCAAACACCUGAUGAAAUACCUGACCAGUAUCUCCAACUCCAAUGCUGGUGAUACUGGAACAAGAAUUGAAAGCAGGAUCUUAGAUUCCAAUCCAAUUCUAGAAGCAUUUGGAAAUGCAAGCACCAGUAGAAACAGCAACAGUUCGCGGUUUGGAAAAUACAUCCAGUUACAGUUUCAAAGGAAUGGUCAGAUUCUUGGUGCUUCCAUCCAAACAUAUCUCUUGGAGAAAACUAGAGUUGUUCAUCAGGCAGAAAAUGAGAGGAAUUUCCACAUCUUUUAUCAGAUGUUAAAUGGGGGAAAUGAUGUGGAGAAGGAGGAAUGGCUCGGACGCAAGGACUCCUUGUUUAAAAUGAUUACAAAUCAUGGCGCAUGCACAGAAGACCAACAAAGUUGGAGACAGACGAGGGAGGCAAUGGAAGACAUUGGGAUUACAGCCCAGCAGCAGGAUAGCAUAUUCAAGGUAAAACUGAAUGGCUAG